CCCACGGGCGAGGCGAUGCCGACGCGGGACGGGCGGCGGCUGCUGGAGGCGCUGAGCGUGGAGCCGCCCGCGGCCAGGGUGAUGGCGGCCCGCGCCUGCAGCUACCGCGCCGCGACGGGGGACGGCGCCAAGAGCUUCGUGGUGCUGCUGGCGGCCGUGCUGGGCGGGCUGCGGGCGGCGGGCGGCGGCGCCGGGUUGCGGGGGGCGCUGCGAGAUUUCGAGGCGCAAGUGCUGGAGCGGGCGGCAGCGCGGGGGCUGCGGCGGCACCUGCCGCCGGCGCCGCCCGGGUCGCUGGAGCCGCUGCUGGAGCCGUACCUGGCCGGCCGGCUGGGCCCCGGCGAGCGGCGGCGCCUGGCGCGGCUCUGCGCCGAGAUGUGCCGGCGCUGCGCCCCGGCCGCCGCCACACGGCCGCAGGUGCUGCGGCUCCUCAGCCAGCGGUUCGCGGAGCUGCACGCCGCCGUGCCCGGCCUUCCCCUGGCGAGCUCCAGGGUCCUGCCCGGCAUCGUCCUCCGCAGGGACUUCGCUGCCUACUGCCCGACGGACGGGGAGCUGCGGGCCCUACUCGUCACCGAGCCCCUGCGGCCCGCCCUGACGGCCCCCGGUGUGGAGUUCGUUGUAGACUCCGAAGGUCAGUACCAAGCUUCCCUGCGCUGGAUCGCUAAGAGGACAGAAGUCUUAAUGAAACACUUGCAGAGUAACAACGUUAAGCUGUUACUGUCCAGUGUGAAGCAAGAAGAUGUAGUUAUCUACUAUGCCAAGUUAUGUGGUGUGUCUGUGGUAGAGUGCUUAUCCUCGGAAGAAAUGGCCCUUAUCAGUGAAAUCACUGGUGUCUCCCCUUACGUGCCUUUUGGUGAUACCCUGGACAGAGAGAUAACCGAAACUGCAGUGGUAACCUUUUGCCGGCCCUUGCUGCUUGUCUCCAAGAGAUGUGUCCACGUUGGCUUCGCCAGUGUGUGUGCCUUCCAGCCCCACUGCCUGAUCCUGUGUGGGCCGGUCGAUGGCGUUAAUGAUCAACAUGCUGCUGCUCUGCAAGAGGCGUUCACAAUGCUGCAGCAGCUGUUCAAAACAGUUGAUCAGAGGGGGGAAUGGAAAGCGGAAGGUGAAAGCCAGAGUAAAGCCUCAGAUGUUUACACUUGGCAUUCUUCAGCAAUUCAGAAACAGCUGGUAAUAGAAAAUACUUGUAAUAUUAACCAGGUUUCUGAAUGUCAGCUGAAAGCACCUAGUGACGAAACAGAAAGGAAAAUUUUUGACCCUGAUAAAAGUGAUCUGCUGGUCCACAAUCAAAAGAACCACAGCACUCCUGUAUUAGUGGCACUUAACACUGAUACAGUCACUGCCUGUGAGUGCCUGGAUGUUGGCAAAGGUCUAGAGAAAACAUGUUGCCAUAUAGUUCCAUUUAAACGGGAGGAUAGUUGUGCAGAUGUUGCACAGGAUUACUCCAACUGCCUCAUAGAAGCAGGAUCAGUUUUGCCAGUAGGAGGUUACUUUGAAAUCCUGUUACAUUAUUAUAUUCAGGAUUAUGCAAAACAGUGUCAGCAGUCAGAGUUAACCAUUGUAUCUAACGUAGUUGCUGAUGCUUUGCUAAGUAUUCCCAAGGUUUUGUACCAGACAGAACGAGAUGGCUUUACCAAAUUCUAUCUUGAAGCCAUUAAUUUACUCAAAAAAAAUCAGCCACUGCCUGUCAACAAUGAAGGCUUAGAGUCAGUGUAUUGCAAAUACCAGUUAGUCAUUUCAGUUCUUCAUUGUCUUACAGAGCUUCUCUCCAUAGACUUAGUAAUUGGUAUUAGGCGGCCGCUCCAAAAAAUUCAGGAUCGUGACUCAGAAGAUGACACUUGAAAUAAUUAAUAAAGAAUGAUGUUUA